AUGGCCGCAAUGGAACGAUCCCUUCCGGUCGUCACGACCGUUGAUCAGGACGAAGAGGACGAGUGUGGGCCGCAGUUGAUCAAUCAGCUGGAGGGAAAUGGAAUAACAUCCGGAGAUAUAAAGAAACUCCAAGAGGCCGGCUACCACACUGUCGAGUCAGUAGCUUUUGCUCCAAAGAAGAAUCUGCUGGCGAUCAAAGGAAUCUCGGAAGCUAAGGCCGACAAAAUACUCGCGGAAGCUUCCAAACUUGUCCCGAUGGGCUUCACAACUGCCACUGAAUUCCAUCAGAAACGAUCGGAAAUCAUCCAGCUUACGACAGGUUCAAAAGAGUUUGACAAGCUGUUGGGCGGUGGGAUAGAAACAGGGUCGAUUACAGAGAUAUUUGGCGAAUUUCGAACAGGAAAGACUCAGUUGUGCCACACUCUAGCCGUUACCUGCCAAUUGCCUGUGAGCCAGAGUGGCGGCGAAGGAAAGUGCUUGUAUAUUGAUACAGAAGGGACGUUUCGACCUGAGAGGUUACUCGCCGUGGCGGAUCGGUUUAAGCUGUCGGGGCAAGAUGUGUUAGAUAAUGUUGCAUAUGCCAGGGCCUACAAUACGGACCAUCAGACGCAGUUGUUGAUACAGGCAUCCGCGAUGAUGACGGAAUCUAGAUAUGCUUUAUUAAUAGUGGACAGUGCUACCGCCCUUUAUCGCACUGAUUACACUGGACGAGGCGAACUUCAAGCCCGGCAAGCCCAUUUAGGUCGAUUUCUUCGUAUGCUCCUGCGUUUAGCCGACGAGUUCGGUGUAGCUGUUGUUAUUACAAAUCAAGUGGUAGCUCAAGUGGACGGUGCUUCUAUGUUCGCGGCAGACCCCAAAAAACCAAUUGGCGGUAACAUUAUAGCUCAUGCAUCUACAACGAGAUUAUACCUAAGAAAAGGACGUGGCGAGACGAGAAUAUGUAAAAUCUACGACUCACCUUGUCUGCCCGAAUCGGAAGCAAUGUUUGCAAUUAACGCUGAUGGAAUUGGUGACGCAAAAGAGUGAGACUAGUCGGUGAAAUCUGAAAUCGUUUGUACAGUUUUUAGGAAUAGUGAAAAUGCAGAAAAAUGCAAAAAUCAAAUUUAUCUGUAAAACAACUGAAAUAUUUAACAAGACUUAUUUUUAAAAAUGG